AUGGUCGUUUCAUAUGCAGGGAAGCUAGUUUUAGCCCCCAUGGUAAGGGCGGGGGAAUUGCCUACAAGACUUUUAGCUUUGCAGCACGGUGCCGAUCUUGUUUGGUCGCCGGAGAUAAUUGAUAAAAAACUAAUACAAUGUGAAAGAUUUAUCAAUGACAAACUGAAGACAGUAGACUUUAUCAUAUCAUCACCGAAAAGUAAUGGGAAACCUAAAUCUCCAACUCUGGUAUUUAGAACACACCCACAGCUGGAGAAAGGCAAGAUUAUUUUCCAAAUUGGUACGUCAACUCCCUCACUUGCCACAGAAGCAGCUCUAAAAGUCAUCGAAGAUGUUGAUGGUAUCGAUGUAAACGCUGGAUGUCCUAAGCACUUUUCCAUUCACUCAGGGAUGGGCGCAGCAUUACUUAAGACUCCGGAUAAAUUGUGUGCGAUAUUGAAAGAGUUGGUUGAGAAGGUUGGAAAACCUUAUAAUAAGUCAAUAAGCGUCAAGAUUCGUAUUUUAGAGGAGGAGGCAACCACGUUGGAACUGGUUGAAAAUUUGUGCUUGACUGGUAUUCACAACCUUACGGUUCAUUGUCGAACCGCACCAAUGAGAAAUAGGGAAGCUCCCAUUAGAGAUUACAUUCCGAAAAUUCACCAGAUUUGCAAAAAACAUAAAGUUUCACUGAUUAUGAAUGGUGCUGUACGAAGCAAAACUCAUUAUAAUGAGUUGCUUCAAGAGCUUCAACUGCCUUUAGAAAUUGGAGGAAUGAUGGCGGAUUGUGCAGAAUCAAAUCCAACAGUAUUUAGCAAAAAUCCAUUACCUUGGUAUGAUGUUGUCAGAGAGUAUCUAAAAAUUGCACAGAGCUUCGACAAUCAUACAAGCAAUACUAAAUACAUGCUUUCCCGUCUCGUACCAGGAAAAUCGAAGCUUUUUCAGUUUUUUGCACGUUGCAAAACACCAAGAGAAAUAGAAUACGUAGUCAGUCAACUCGGGGAGAAAGGAGAGUUGCUUAGCGAUCCAUCAAACUUUCUACAAUCUUGCAGAAAUGAGGAAAAGCUAGCGAAACAAAAGGAACACGAUAAAAAAACGAAAUUGAAGCAGGCUGAGAAGAGACAAUUAAUAAAUGUAGACGACGGUGAUGCAAAGCAACUCAAGAAAAUGAAAAGUGAGAAAGUUUAG